AUGAAGCGUGAUCCUACAGGCGGAGGACUUACCCAUCUCGGAAAGGAUGGCGUCCUGCGUACCAUCUCUGGUAACUACGAAGUCCUUGACGCCCGCGGACUUAGUCCCAAACAGAUCAAUGCGUUUCUAGAUGUCAUGCCGGACGAGCUCGUGGAAAAAGCAGACUUUCGCGAUGUGGAUGGUACAACGGUGACAAGCCAGGAAGGACUCUUUCAUCCCGCGCCCGGAAUUCUACCGACAAAGCCAGAGGAUGACCCGAAGUCGGCGGAAGAAAGGCGAAAGCUGGUGGAACAAAAUCGUGCCGCCUAUGAAGAGGCAAAAGGAAACUAUGGCCGGAAUCUGAUAUCUUUGGCCGCACAGAAUGGCCACGAUACGGUGGGGAAGGUUUUACUUGAGAAUGCAAAUGUGGAUGUGAACAUGAAGGACUGUCGCUAUCGAAAUCCGAUAUCAUAUGCCGCAGUAGGCGGCCAUAAAACGGUAUUUAAUCUUUUACUUGAGAAUAGAAAUGUGGAUGUGGGCAUGGUGGACAUUUGGGUCAAACUCCGUUAUCAUAUGCCGCAGCAGGCGGCCAUGAGACAGUGGUACAGCUUUUAC